UACGGAGUAAGCAGCUGUUGGUGGUUUUGCUGUUGGAUUGUGAACCUUCAGCAGGGCACUCCCCCCUUUUUCUGCUCUUGUUUUUCUCGUUACUUUUCCCCUUUUCUUUCAUAUUUUGCUAUUCCCCUGCAAGCUGUAUGUCGGCGAUUUGAUUAAUUUGAAUACAACAAAUAAUAAGAAGUAAUAAUACAACGCCUAGAUGAUUCACAGAUGAGAAAAAGAAAACGAUGGAGCUGCAUAUAUUAGAACACCGGCUCAGAGUAGCAAGUAUUCCUAAAGACGGCCUCCCCCAGUUUACACACUCCUUAAUCAAGCUGAUAUUCCUUCCCACCAAGACAAGGUGCAAGUUCAUCAGCCUGACUGAGACUCCAGAAGACUACACCAUCAUUGUAGACGAAGAAGGCUUUCGGGAAUUUCCAGAAUCUGAUCAUUUGAGUGUUGCAGAUGCAGUAUGGUUAGCACUGAAUGUUGUUUCUGGAGGGGGGAGCUCUUCCAGCUCUCAGCCAAUUGGCGUUACUAAAAUCGCAAAGUCUGUGAUUGCACCAUUGGCAGACCACAACAUCUCUGUUUUCAUGCUGUCGACUUAUCAAACAGAUUUUAUCUUGGUACGAGAACGAGACCUACCUCUGGUAAUGCACACACUGUCUGCAGAAUUUACAAUCUUCAGAGUGGUGAAUGGUGAAGCGGUGAGCGUAGAUAAUUUAGGAAUAACAAAUGGAUUUGUGAAGCCUAAAUUGGCUGAACGGCGGAUCGUUCACCCACUCUCUAGUCCUAGUAAUAUGUUUUGUGUCACCAGUCUGGAUCCUGUUACACUUCCAACCAUUGCCACACUCCUUAUGGAUGUCAUGUUUUACUCCAAUGGAGUAAAAGACUCCACAACUGGCAGUGAAGAGUCUGGUCAUAUUCGUUUCUUCUCCUUUUCCCUCAUUGAAGGUUACAUCUCAUUCGUGAUGGAUGAACAGACACAGCAGAGGUUUCCAAACAAUUUAUUGUUUACUAGCGCAUCUGGAGAACUCUGGAAAAUGGUCAGGAUUGGUGGUCAGCCACUGGGGUUUGAUGAAAGCGGUAUUGUUGCACAGAUUUCGGAACCUUUGGCUGCUGCUGACAUCCCAGCAUAUUACAUCAGUACUUUUAAAUUUGAUCAUGCACUGGUACCAGAGGAAAAUAUCAACAGUGUAAUUAAUGCACUUCGUGUCACUCAAGCAGAAAAGCAGUAGACUACACUCUGGAACAUUUUUGGCUUGAGUCUGCUCAGUGUUCCAUGAGAAAUUGAAAUUGGAAUGGUGCCAUGAAAAAUGCUGACUGAGCAAUAAGUAGCAGUUCGAAGAAGCGGCGGCUAGUUGUUCUCCAAAGGAAAAAAAAAUGUUUAUUUUACCAUUAGAUUUUUAAAGAAAUAUAACCACAGUGUUUUUCUUACUUGGAAAUUUGGAAUGUUGAAACCUGCAUCUAUUUUGAAGGUGGCACAAAAGUGUGUUUCACUAGAGUAUGCGUUUUUUCUAAGGCUUUGUAAAAUCAGCUAGAAAUACAUGGCAAGUAGUUGGCUUUUUA